AUGAAUGCAACACGUCUUGAUUAUGUGCAUGGACAUUCGCCACAACUGACCUGCCAGUUUCGUCUAAGCGAAACUGUUCCGACCACAGAUCUUGGGCAACCUGGCAGUAUCCCAGACCUCGUGCAACCUUCGGUUGGCAUGACAGUUAGGCACCAAAAGGGUGCUACAGCUGAACGAUUUCUUUUGUCAAGCGUGGUUAUCAAUAGAGUGGUAUACGCAAAA